UUAACAAUCCCCUACUCCUCACUUCCAGGAUCUCCCUCAUCCUCCACCGCCAUCUCCUCCGUCCUACCCUACCUACCACCACCACACCUAACUUUCCGAUCAUUCUUUUCACUCCAACAACCACCACCUCAAUGUACUCCGCCUCCACCUCCACCGCCAGUUUCAAACCACCACCACGCUCCAUCUUCCCACCACCACCACAAAAAUCUCCAAACCACCACCUUCCACACUUCUCCACCACCCUCACCGUCCCAGAAAAACUCAACACCCUCGUAACAGAAUUCAAAUCAUUAUCCAAACCAAUCGACAGAGUCAAACGCUUGCUCUACUACGCAACCAUCCUACCCGAGUUCGAUGAAUCGGGUCGGGUAGAAUCCAACAGAGUUACUGGGUGUACGGCUCAGGUGUGGCUGAACGUGGCAGUUGAUGCUCAUGGGUUGAUGAGGUUUCAUGUGGACAGUGAUUCGGAGAUUACUAAAGGGUUUUGUUAUUGUUUGAUAUGGUUGUUGGAUGGUGCGGAUCCAUUGGAUGUUGUUGGAGUUAAGGUUGAUGAUUUGGGGGACAUGAAUGUUGGGGUGUUGCCGGUUAGGGUGAGUUCUAGGGUGAAUACUUGGCAUAAUGUUUUGAUUAGUAUGCAAAGGAGAACUAGAGAGUUGGUUGUGGAUAGGUGUGGUGAUUGUGAGUCUUUUUCUUUGUUACAAUAGUUUGUACACUUUUUUUAUAUAGAAAGAUAAAGAUCCUGGGUUUUCACUUAAUUCUGAAUGGUAUUAAGGUUUAUCGGUCAGCUGUUUUCUUUUUCAUGUGGUUGACGGUUCAAGUCUUAUAUUGGACAUAAGUGUAGAUUUAGGGAUA